AUGAAGUCCCCUCUAGGCAGUCGCUCUCUUUGGCUUCUAUGCCUCGUCCAAUGGGCAACUGCAGCUACAGUGUUCUUUCCAGUUACCUUGACGUGGUCGGAGAGAAGCGUCGCAGGAGUGACUAGGCCAGUGAUCUCGACAAAUGGCCAGUUUCCUGGUCCCCCGCUGCGGAUCAACCAGGGUGACAAUGUUGAGUUCCUCGUUGAUAACCGGUGCCCGUUCAAUACCACUAUACACUUCCAUGGAAUCGAACAGCUGGGGACUCCCUGGUCCGAUGGAGUUCCUGGUGUCUCUCAGAGAUCCAUCAGACCAAACACUUCGUUCCUGUAUAGAUGGACAGCAACCGAGUACGGUGCCUACUGGUAUCAUGCGCAUCACCGUGGCUCUCUCGAAGAUGGACUUUAUGGACCAAUCUAUAUCACCCCUGCUCCCACUGUUGAAAAGCCCUUUAGUUUGAUCGCAACCGAUCCUGCUGAGUUGAAAGCUAUGACCCUCGCAGAGAAAGAAACCUGUCCCGUCUUGCUUUCGGAGUGGCGCGUGCUUACGUCUGAGGAGAUCUGGGCUGCUGAGAUGGCCUCUGGGACAGAUGCAUUUUGUGCCAAUGCUUUGCUCAUCAAUGGCAAAGGGUCAAUUACCUGCCUGCCACGUGCCGAGAUUGAUGCCCUAACAACGCCCGUUCAGAGGACGAGCCUGGAUGGUCUAAGGCUAACAGAUAUGGCGUGUUUUCCUCCCAAUAUCACGGAAACAGUAUUCAAUUUCCCACACAAUUACGCUGCCAUCCCGCCAACUAUGUUCGAAGGCUGCGUGCCAUCCCAGGGUCCCCAAGAAAUAUUUGCUGUCAACGCAGCCUCUAAAUAUGUCAGUUGGGAUCUCACUAGCACGGCAGGCCUGCUAGAACUCACAUUCUCAAUCGACGAGCACGACAUGUACAUAUACGCCAUAGACGGACGAUACAUCCAGCCCCAAAGGGUCAAUGCAGUCACAAUUCCAAACUCAAACCGCUACUCAGUGAUGAUUCCUCUCACCCAGCCAGCAGGAGACUACGCCGUUCGCAUGGUCAGCGCCAGCAUAAACCAGAUUCUCAACACAACGGCGAUAAUGCGAUACCACGGCCUCCCCCAGCUAACACGUCCAACCAACCCAUGGAUCACAAUCAACAACCAACCCACCACGGCAGAUACCGUUUUCCUAGACGAGUCCCUGGUCGUCCCAUUCCCAGCUCUCGUCCCUUCAAACGAUAUAGCACAAACAUUCUUCCUGAAUAUCGACCAGGUUGGCACUGCCUUCCGCUGGAGACUCGGUAAUACCAGCUACGGACUUGAGCUUGAGGAAGCACAGCCCUUGCUCUUCAACCAGAACUCUAUUCCUCAAGACCUGAUCAUCAGAACGAAGAAUGAUACCUGGAUCGACUUGGUUCUCCAGACGGAUACUAUCCUGCAGCCCCCGCAUCCAAUCCACAAGCACUCAAAUAAGCAUUUUAUUAUCGGUCAGGGGAAUGGGACUUUCAAUUGGGGUUCGGUCGCGGAAGCGGUACAGAUUGUUCCUGGUAACUUUAAUCUACAGACACCGCAGUAUCGUGAUACCUUCCAUACAUUGCCGGCUGUCACUGGUCCGACUUGGACAGUUAUUAGGUAUCAUGUUGUUAAUCCCGGUGCUUUCUUGAUGCAUUGUCAUAUUCAAGUUCAUCAGAGUGGGGGGAUGAUUUUGGCGAUGUUGGAUGGGGUUGAUGUUUGGCCUACUAUUCCGCCGACUUAUUUGAUUGAUUCUGGGUUUUAG